GGUAAAUCUAUUUUGUGAAUAUGAUCUAUAUACUUUUGAAAAUUAUCAAAGAAUUUGCUUGUUUACUCUUUGGUAUAUUUCAAGGAAGAAUCAAGUUCAUGCAUUUAUAAGACUCUCUAUGUAAUCUCAUACCGAACAAUACAGAUUUUUGAGUUUUUUUUUGUCCCGCUAGAGCGUUUGAUUCUUAGUUUGACGAGACGAUUUUGUUUGUUCUGCAGCCAUAUUUACAUGUCUGCCUUUUGUUUAGACGGUUUUAUGACUCCCGUCAUUGAUUUUUCUUAAGUUGCAAUUUGCUGCUGUAAUCGCAGAAUUUAUUCCAUCGCUGUAGUAUCUGAAUAUUUGUGAACUAUCGCUUGAUGUACCUGCAACUCUUGAUUGUGUUUAUUAUUGUUUUCGCAUCGUUGCUUACAGAUUGCGAUCCGUAAUUAACUCGGAAGUAGACGUUGAGACGCUGUGAAGUGUGUUUUCCAAAAUUGAGUGUUGUGCUUUUAAAAUACUGAACUCGAUCAGUGACUAAUUGUACAUUAGUACAAGGCAUCCGGUUAACCUAAAAACCAAACCUAAUACAUGUAAAGUUCGAUAUAAGUUAUUAUCAAAAAAAUGGUAAUCUGCUCAUUUUUAGAGAAAUUUAUGAAAUAUCAGGCCAUUUAAAAAAUGUAGAUCUGAGUAUUAAAAAACCUUCACAGUUGGGAGUGUCACAGAGAAUAAAGUGUGUUUAUCCUCUUUGAAAUGUCUCUGUGUGUAAAGCUGAUGAUUGAUAAUGCAUAGGCGAGAAUUAAAGGAAGAAAGAAUGCAAGAAGAAGGUAGUGACGAUGAUGAGGGAAAUUCAGAUCUUACAAAUUGGAUAAUUGCAGCCAUUCGAAAGGUCAAGUAUCAAAAGCAGAGGCCAUCUUUGGAGCGUAUCUGCAGUGUAGUACGCCAAAAUCACAGAGUUGAUCGUCAGGCUAUUAAAGAAGAGCUUGAAAAAGCUGUUUCUAAUGGUUUAAUUUUGAAGGUAUUCACCAAGGGUUUGUGCUCUUACAAAGAUCCUGGAACUUUGUGCAAUAUGAAAAGUCGAACUCUACGAAUACAUCCUGGAACUGAUAUGCGAAAAGUUAUUAUUAAAGCCAUCAAGGAAUUGGGUGAUAAUAAUGGCUCUACACUGCGCUCUAUUGAAAAAUAUUUGAGACAGACAUUUUCUUUAAGUAUUGAUCAAGGGGCAGACUUAGGUCAUCAGCUUUUGCAGUCAGCCAAAAGAGCUGUUUCAGCUGGACACAUAAUACAUGAAGGCCGGACGUAUCGUUUGAAAAGAAAUCCCUUUCGAAGGGCAUCUGCAGAAUUUGGUUCAUCAUCGAGUUUUAAUCGUGGCAAUAUUACUUCAAGUCCUCAAAAGAAAAACAAUGCUACAAAUGUUGCAUGCAACUUUUGUAGAGAAGUAUCUGUUACAAAAAAUGGGAGACCAGACAAUCUUUUUUCCUGUUGCCUUUGUGGAACAACUGGACAUACAUCUUGCUUUGGUUUAUUACCAGAAGCAUUGAAACAGAUAGAUGAAACAAAAUGGGAGUGUCCUCGGUGUAAAAUUUGUGUUGUCUGUGGUGUGAAAACAGAACAUAAACGAAUGCUUGUGUGCAAUUUGUGUGACAAAAUUUACCAUGCUACUUGUGUUCGUCCCGUUUUUCCAAGACCAGCAAGAGGAGCAUGGAGAUGUGAUUCUUGCAAAAAGAAAACUAUGAUGUCGAAAGAAAAGAAUCACAUUAAUCGAAUGGCAGCAAGUGUGAAGGAAAGGUACAAGAAGCACAAUAUGAAGUUGAAUGCAGUGAAAAAAAUCAAAAGCCAAUCUUAUUCUGUGUUGAAAAAAUCAAAACAUUCCAAGAAAGAGAUGAGGAGGUCGAGUGAUUCAAGUUGUAGUAGUGAUGAUAAUCCUGUAUCUGAACAAAAAUCAUCUUUACCUCCUGGUGUUACAGAAAAUGAUGUAAGCCUUUUCAAAAACGUUCAGGAAACAGCAUUGAAAGUUAUGGGACAUGGUUCUAUUCCUCCAGAGCCACAAGGUCGAAGUCCAGGUGCUAUUGAGUUUGGAAAAUAUUCAAUUGAGACUUGGUACUCAUCGCCAUAUCCUCAAGAAUAUGCCAGGUUGCCAAAAUUAUUUCUGUGUGAAUUCUGUUUGAAGUAUAUGAAGAGUAAGAACAUACUUUCCAGACACAUGCGAAAAUGCAAUUGGUCUCAUCCACCUGGAACAGAGAUUUAUCGUAAAGAUGACCUGUCCGUUUUUGAAGUGGAUGGAAAUGUGAAUAAACUGUAUUGUCAAAAUGUUUGUCUGCUUGCUAAAUUGUUUUUAGACCACAAAACUCUGUAUUAUGAUGUUGAGCCAUUUCUUUUCUAUGUAUUGACCAAAAAUGAUGAAACAGGUUGUCAUUUUGUUGGAUACUUUUCAAAGGAGAAACUUUGUCAACAGAGAUAUAAUGUUUCUUGUAUUAUGACUAUGCCACAAUAUCAGAGACAAGGAUAUGGUCGAUUUUUAAUUGAUUUCAGCUACCUACUCUCUAGAAAGGAAGGCUUACCUGGGACUCCAGAAAAACCUUUGUCAGAUUUAGGAAGAAUAAGUUAUGUUUCUUAUUGGAAAAGUGUUUUACUAGAAUACAUUCAUGCAUGGUAUAAAAAGGAGAGCAACCAUCAGAUUAAUAUCAAAAAUAUUGCUCAAGAAACAGGGAUAAGUGCUUUAGAUAUUAUAAGUACUAUGAAGGAAUUGAAUAUGAUACAAGUGAAUGAGGAAAAUAAGGUGAUAAUAUCUCUUAGCAAGAAAGUAUUGGAAGAGCAUAUGACUAAAGUUUUGGCUAACAAGCAUAAGCGUAUUGAAUUGGACCCUGAAUGUUUGCGAUGGAUACCAUUAAUAACAAAUCAUAUAUACUCAGAUAAGAAUGAAGAUGAUUCUGAUAAUUCUUCAAACAGUGAGACUCCUUCACCUACUGCUGAUAGAAUUACAAAAUCUGCUUCUGCAAAACCAGAUAACAAUUCUGAAAAGGAAAACAACUUUGAGCAAACCUUUCAAAAAUCAGAAAAAUGCCAUAAGUAUAAGAAAAGAAGUGAGAAAAUACAGGAGAGUUUGAGUAGUGCUGACGAGAACUCUAUACAAAAUCAUCUUCAGAAGCGACGCAGAUCUCCAAAUCGAAUUCUGGAAACACCUAAGAAGGAAGAUAAGUUGUCAAUAAAAAAUUCACCUGAUAAAUCUUCUGAAAAAAGCACACCUGAAAAAUCACCUACAAAAAUUGUGAAAAAACAUAAAUCAAAGAAGAAGAAUAUAUUUGAAACCAAAGUAUUCAAAAACAAGAAAAAUAAGUAUAAAAAUAAUCUACUGAAGAAAGUAAACAAAAUGAAGAAGUUAGGGCGUAAGAAGAAACUCUCCAAAGAGGUUAAACGUUUGGCUAAAAUACUUACUUCAAAUCCUGAACUAAUAGCUUCGGCGUCUAAUCGAAAGUUUUUAAAAUUGAAAAAGAAAAAUAAGAAAGAAUCUAAACCACCUGAAUAUGGAAUGAGAUUGCGACACCAGAAAUUUACAUUAUCUGAAACGGAGAUAGCAUGCCAGCAAUCAUCAAUGGAAACUUGUGACAUGGAAACACCAAAAUUGGAAGAAGAAAACAAAGCAGUUUUAGAUGCUUCUCUAUCUGAAGAGAAGAAAAAUGUUUCUGAUUCCUCCUUGGGUGUGGAAAAUGGUAAUGCAGUGUCUCCUGACCUUCCAACUGGAAAUUCAGAAGACUUGACUGUUGGAACUGUUGCAGAGCCAGCACCACUUCAUGAUCAUAACACUCCAAAAAUUGAUGAUGAUUUCGAAGUGCACAAUUUGCGAUCUCUUCCAAGGCGAGCCAAAAGGCCUGCACCUCCAUCACCUAUUAAGAAACCUCCAAAGAAAAGGGGCCGUCCAAGGCUAUCAGAAACAACUGCUCGUCCCAUGGAAAUUGAUAGUUCAACUGAUGUUACAAAUGGAAAAGAGGAAGAAGCAGUUUCAGAAAGUAUGAAUUCAGAAGCAACACUUCCUGUUAAUGAUGUAAACAAGAGCCCCAAAAAUGAUUCAACAGAUGCUAAUGUAACAAAUGAAAGUGAAACAUCCAGUUUAGAGAAUUUACAACAUGCUUCUGAACAACUUGACAAAACUGAUGAUCGAGAUCAAACAUCAACUCUUGACAAUCAUAAUGCAAAUGAUAUAGCAGAAUCUAAAUUUAAUGAUGGCCUUUCUAAAGAAGCAUCUCCCCAAUUAAUGGAUCUGAAACAAAACGGUGAUAAGAAUGAUGAGGAUAAUGAAGGUACACAGAUUGAAUCUAAUGAUGACUCUGCCUCUCUUGGAAAUAUUAAUGAUUCUGAGGCAAAUAAUUUCUCUGAUGCUCAAAAGAAUCUAACAUCCGAAAAUUCAAAUCAACGAAGAAAUUCAGAUGGGUAUCCUGAAACACAAAAUGAGCUAAAUAAAGAAAGUAGUCAAGAUUUGGAUUCAAAUGAUGCUAAUGAAACAAUUGAAGCAGUUUUGAGUAUUGAAAAUAAUUUAAAUUCUAAGCAGGCAGAAGUGAUGGAAAUGUCUUCAGAGAAUACUGAAAAUACUUCAGAUAAUGAUCAAAGUUUUGAAGCUGAAAACUCAAAUAUAUUGUGUGAUGCUAUUCCUGAGAAUUGUGUUGCAUCAUCUAAUUGUAAUGAUCUAGUUCAAAGUCCACCACAGACCUCUAAUGAUUUUUCAAAUUGCUCUAGUGAUGUAAAAUUAUUGGUGUCUUCAAUGUGUGAUCAUGUUGAUGAUUAUGCAAACAGUGCUCCAGUAUCUUCAUGCUCCGAACCCCCUUUGUUUGAUUCCAUAGUAAACACCAACCCCAGUGUCUUAGUUCCUGAAGAAAAAGAAAUCUUUUCUAAUAAUUCAAAUGAAACAACCUGUAAAGAUAACAGUAUAAAUUUGCAAUCAAAUAAUUUUGAGGUCUGUAUGCCAUCAAACAAUUUUAAUAACAACUGCAAUUCAUCAUCAAACUAUCUUUCACAUCCAGAAGAAAAUAUGAAUCAAUUACCUCUUACUCCACAAACUCCUAUUUCUGACCAUGGACAUAAUCAGCAUCCUGCUCACAUGACUGGUACUUCAGGAGAUGAAUGUCAUAGUUCAAGUGAAGGUGAGCUUACUAAUGGUGAAAGUAUGCUUUCUCCACCAUCUGUUAAGCCUAGGUUAUGUCCUUACAAAAGGGAGAAAAUGUAUUCUUAUGAAGAAGAAAUGCAUACAGAAUAUGAAUGUAGGUCCCCUAGGGAUGAUCAUGGAACAGAAAACAAUCAGUGUUAUACCCGUCCACCAUCUGUAUCUACUCCAGUCUUGUUAAGAAAGAACACUCCAACACCUGACAUGUCUCAUCUCGGUGUAUAUACGCCAGAUUCAUCUACAAACAGUGGUUUCAACUCUAAUGACAUGGACGUAAAUCACUUAAACCUAGAGUCCCCUUCAUCUUUAAAUAGCAAUGAAAUGCCUCAACCAAACUCUGUGGAACCAUCACCUCCAACAUCUACUCCACCUCAAUCGUAUAUUGAGCCCAUGCAGAUGUCAAGGAACUAUUGUACAUCUGAAAAUGAAAGGUCACAUAAUGUAUCUAUCACAGCAAGCAUAAACUCGCAUCAUGCAGUUAAAACAACUAACUGUACAUCAUCUGUUUCAAAUCAUUCUAAUUCUUCUUCCCAUGCUCAUCAUCAAUUACAGCAAUCACAGAUCAAUCAUAUACAUCACCAGCAGCAAGCUGAGCCAUCUUAUAACCAACAUCCAGCAUCAGCCGCUCUAUCUAACAUGGUUAAUAAUAACUCUGUUGGCACUCUUAUUCUCGGCCAGGGACCAAAUGUUCCUCCUGCUAACAACUACCUUAACACUGUUAACCUCGGAAUGUCUUCCGCUACUCCUGGGUCUAAUCCCAUUGGUGGUUCUUACAUGGUGGGCGUGCCAAUAACAUCUGUGAUCCAGCCUCAGUCAUCAUCCGUGUCUCAUCAACAGCCUGCAAAUCAAGCUAGUCAUGGCUCUAUGCAAAGGCUGAGCCACAUUUCAAUGCCAAUCACUACUUCAUCUUGUGCUGUUUCAUCUCAGACAUUUCAUCUACAAACUCCAAGUUAUAGUUACAGUAAUGCUACUCCAAAUCAAAGCACUAGCUGUAGUUUAGCAAAACUACAGCAACUGACCAAUGGCAUAGUUGAAAUCUCACCUAAUCAAAUUGCAGGUUAUCCAUCAAUGACUCCACCUCCAUCCUACAAUUCACCUACACAUCAGUCUAACCUGACCCCACCUCCACAAAUGCAACGUCCCAUCGCACCUGCUCUCCCAAACAUACAGCCUCAACCUCCUCUAUCUUCUAAUCAGGUACAUGGCUAUGCAAAUUACAAUCGUUAUCAUCCACGUCCUGCUGUACAAAGGACAUCAAACAUUGCCAUCUCACCAAACAUUGUUGCUAGUUAUCAGACUCUAAAUGGUGUUGGGUAUCGUAUGCCACAAGCUGCUCCUCUUGGUGGAAGUACAACUUUAUUAAAUACCACUGGGUAUAUUACAAAUGCAGGGUUUAUAAACUCUCCCUCACCAGCUAUGCCCAUGGGGGUUGUUAAUAUGCAUCCUCAAGGCCAGUAUCAAGAUGCUAUUCAGCAAGUAAGGCCCCAAAGCACAAUGUAUGCUUACAGCUAUCACAUUAAUGGUGGUUUGCCACCACAGGCUCUGAUGAGACGGUGAUACUUGCUGAUACAAAACUUUUAUCUGCAGGUGACAAUUUCUAAUUGCGAUUAUAAAAGUGUAUCGUGAAUGGAUCAAAGCAUGUACAGUAAAAGGAAUCUCAGAUUAAGCAAGUUUUAAUGCUGAUCAAUACAUAGGCAAUACCUCAAAAAUAUGCAAGUUUAAAUCAAUUUCUAUUUUCCAAUAUACUUUUAGUUAGAAUAAUGUAUUUUGCAAGGAAAACGUGAUGUGUACAUAAAUGUUAAUAUUGUUUUUCUGCUUGAUGUGUACAUAUUUAUAUUUCUGUAUACAGUUCUCAUAAUCCCAUUGUAUUAUAAAUACAUCCAUACUAUUUGUUAUAUUUGUAUAUAACUUUGUUAGACACAAUUGGAUGCAUUUGUGAAGCUAUCAUUUCAAACAUGGUACUUUUGUGAAUUUUUUCAUAUUGAACAUCACAUUAAAAUGUUUGUGUAACAUAUAGCUAGGAAUUUAAUAUUCUGUUGAUGUAACUAUAAAAAAAAUUUGGCCAAUAUCUUUUUUGGGAUUAUUACUUAUAUGUUAGUUAUUGCUGUUUAUAUGUAAGCUGCUAUGAAUUAGUUCUGGUACUCUUUCCAUACAUUUUUUUUUAUUUGCAUAAACAAAUCUGUUGAGCCUUUCAAAAAUUGUAGUUUAAUUAGAAGGUUAAGUUUUAUAUUUAAUUUUGAUUCAAAUAUACACCUAAUUAAAAUGGGAAAUUUUACCAUUGGGAUUACUUAUUCUAUUUUUUACACAUCAUCCUGGUAUUCAUAGCAUAUACAACUUUAUAUUGUAUUAUACUAAAUCUGUCUAAAUACUGUUUUGUCAUAGACUUGUUAUGCUGUACAACUUGUUUUGCUGCAUUCUCUAGUUUAUUAAACUCUCCGGGUAUGACAUAUUUUUGUAAAGAACUGUAUUUUUAAAACAAACUUAAUAUUUAUUCAUUUUAAACAUCGGUAUCCAUCAAAGAUGUAAAAAGAAAUUGGAAAAUGGUAGGUUUAUACAUUCCAUCCGGUAAUAUGGUAAUUAAUAGUAGGUGAGUAAGAAUGUUGCUAGUUUACCUAAUGUGCAGGCUUAAAUAUAGAUUUAUAAAUAUUAGUAAUUUAUCAGAAUUAGCUGGAAAAAAUUUUAAAGUAUAAAAUAAAAUUACCAAUGUAAUUGUAAAAUAUUUUCAAUUUACCAUUAUUUGAUUCAGUAUAAAGUGAAAAGUAUAUGAUAUGCUGUAUUUAAGAUUGAGUUUAUAAAGCAGUAAGAUUUCCAACUAAUUCAAUGUGUUGUAUUCAUCAGUAUAGAUUGCAGUUUAUAUGCAAAUUACAUUUUUCAGGAUUAAAAAUUCAUUAUGCAGUAGUUAUAAAUUUACUUUUAUUUUGCAGCCAACAAAAUGAAGUCAUGCAAGAAAAGUACAAAAUCCAUAUUUAUUUUAUUAAAUACUGAGCAUAAUUCUUGUUUCCAGAAGUCAUGUUAAAAAAUGCUUUGUAAAAGCAUUACUGUAAGUUUCAUUUGAAAAAAAACUUAUCUAAAAUUGAAUUUUAAAUCUGAAUAAUUGUUGAAUCCUGUCAGAAAUAUAAAUUGUUGAACAUAAAAAUAAAUAAGUAUAAACUGUACAUUUUUUUUUUAAUCUACACAAACUUGUUUGUAAUAAAUUGAUUAUUAUUGAAACUAAAGCUAUUUUAAAAAUUGAAUAAUAUAAGAAAGCAUUUAUUUUGUUUUUUUAUUAUUCUAUAAGUUUUUAAAAGAUAAUCCUAUGUAUUCUAUCUGUAACAACAAUCUAUACUGUUGGAAUUAUUACACUGAAUGUUUUGUACUAAAAUUGGCACAUAAUACAUGUAUUGUGAUAUUCUCAUUUUUUUUAGUUAAUAUAGGGGGUCAUGUAAAUGUUUCUAUAUUUUUAGAAGUUUUAGAGUUCUGAUUUUUGCUUAAAAUCUUAAUUUGAUGAGAACUACACUUUUCAAAAUACUUAAAAUUGUUUUACAUCUACAUCAUUUAUAAAGAUUUUUGCAUCUGCUUCAAUUGAUUUUGAUAAAAUUGUCAGCCAUUUUCAUUUGUUUAAAGCCUAAAUUUUUCCUGAAAUUAAUCAUUUUGUCAGUGCAUAUUUGUGUCAUUUUUAAUUUAUAUUCAUGUAAUUUAUGUUAUCAUGACCAUUGCUGACAUUAAAAUUCAAAUGGUUUUUUUUUACUACUGACUUCAUAUUAAAAAAAGUUUUUAUUUAUCAGUGUUUGUUAAUAUUAGUUUCCUAUAGGUGAAGUGACAUUGGAAGCCUUUAUGUGAAGCUAAAACCCUUUAAUCAGUAACAUUGUAAAAGCAUUUCUAAAGAUUUAAUUAAAAGCUUUAAAAAUAAA